ACCGUAGAGGAUUAAUUAAUUGUGAAAGGAAGAAUGAAAGGGAGAAGGAGCCAAGAAAGGAGAGACGGAGUCAACGAGUAUAGACUUUGACCUGUAGAAGAAGCUAGUUAAAAAGAGGAGAUGAUGAAGAAGAAGCGAAGGGAGCAGUGUCGUGCUGAAAUAAUUAUCUGUAAAUCAAUUGAUUAUGAGUAAUCAGAGGGUAAUAAAUCUUCUUCUUCUUCUUCUUCUUCUUCGUGGGUUGAUGAUGAGUGUUAUAGUGGGAAAAGGAUGCGAUGGUUGGGUUUUUGAAUUACCUCGGAAAUUAAUGACAAGAGAAUCUCCAGAGGUGAGCUCUCCGAUUCCUGCACCAUUUCAAUAUUACAUUGAAACGAAGGAGAGGUGUUCCGAUUCGAUAGCUAAAAGGGGAUGUCGGGACUCCACUAAUAACCUCGCUGCUUGCCUUCUUUCGUCAAGUACCUCAUCCAGGGAACUGUUUCUUCUUGUCCAGAAUGAUGGAGAGGGCAUCUUGAAAGUGAAUCUUACAAUCACAGAUAUUAACGUUACUUUCCCAGAGAUACAACUAUCCAAACACGAUGCCAAAAAGAUUGAUGUCUCAGAAAAUGUUGAAGGAAGUCCGUCCAUCAUAUUAAACACAGGAAAUGGUUCGUGCAAAAUUGAAAUGGGAUCAAAGAAACUAAAAGUCAAAUAUGAGCCGUUCUUUGGACAUGGCACCUAUUUAUCCCCCAAAAACGGAGCCUACUUGUUUUUGAUAGCUUUGAUAUCUGGAGGGGCAUGUGCCUGCUGCUGGUUUCUAAAAAGCUCGCAUGUUGAUGGAGUCCCAUAUCAGGAACUUGAAAUGGAGCGGCCAGACUCCCAUUCAGCUAAUAAUGUGGAAACAACUGAAGGGUGGGAUGAAGGGUGGGAUGAUGACUGGGAUGAAAUAAAGGAGGUGAAACAGCCAAAUGGACAUCGAACAGCAAAUGUUUUAUCAAAUGUCAUCGCUUCCAGGAACUCUGAUGCAGAAGAAGGGCGCAAAGAUUGGGAUGAUUAGGGAAAUAAUACAGGUAUAGCUUUUCCAUUGUCCAUGAAAAUGGAAAAAAGAAACACGACAGAGACGUUACAUGUAGAAAAGUCAGGAAGUCAAAAUUUAGUGUUCAAGAUAAGUGCUUGAGUUUAUGUGGAAGCAGAUUGAAAAUUAGAUAAAUGAAAACAGUUUUGGUACAUGAAA